CAUGAAUUUGGAAUUUUGUAUCAUGACUGCUACUAGAGUGACUACUACUACUUUGAAUGCCAUUUCUCAGGCUUCAUGUUCUACACCUUAGGCUCAGGAGGUCUUGACCUUAGAUUGACUGGAGCUUGAACACUACAUGAGACAACUGGCUUCUUCCAAACCUGGACAAGAUCUUUCCUGUCCAGAAGAACCUGGUCUUGACAAUGAGGAUUUGGAGAGCCUUUUUCCUCCUGCCUCCUAUACUGUGCAAUCUUGUACGUUACCUGUGGAAGCAGCCAGGCCUCCCUUUGCCUUUUUUGGACAUGAUUUCACAGGGAAUAAUAUCACCUAAAAUGGAGUUUUCCACAUCUUCUGUAAUCAAAGAGUCUACAAGGUAUUCAACUGAAGAAACAUCCUCCUCCUCAAGAUCAUCUCACAUCCAUCAAAACUUUUCAUAUGUUGAAAGCCCUUCUAAAAGUCAGGUAAUCCAACAGGAUAAAGUUACAAGAAAUUUACGUCCUCCCUUUGUGGUCAGACAUGUGCCACAAGACUCUAUGAUUGGCCAAAUUCAGCACAAUUUUUCAAAUUCAAAAUCACUGGAGCCAAGAAGUAGAUCUAGUAAUGUAAAAAGAGCUCAUAAGUUCUCCUCAGAGGUUUUGGUUGAUGAUAGUGGCUAUAGAGACAAAGAUACUUGUUGUACCGUGUGUCGCCUCUACAGAAAAUAUUUUGGAAAGAAUUAUGUUGGACAUCAUCAUCCUCCGUUUACAGGAAAAUCUCAAGUUAUUGGUCCUACUUUGAAGACUGGACAUCAGCCUCGAAGUAUUUCUCCUAAUAAUAACCGUUGGCGUGCUCAUUCUGCAAGUCCUUGGCGAGAAGAUUCUAAAGGUUAUUUUCCAGCUGAUCUUUCUCAGAUAGAUUCAAUAGCAGACAGCUUCAGGGAUAUGAGCUUUGAGUCAGACACACUUAAAAAGAAUAAAAGCAUGUCCAAUCUAAGUAGACACGUGUAUGAAUGGGAAGAUAAUACAGAACUUUCCCCCCCAAAAAAGUCUACUAAAGUUUUCUUUGAUGACAACUUAGCAUUAGAAGACUCAGAUUUAAGCUACAAGUAUCUUCCAUCCAGAUCAACAUACCUGUAUGACAAUCAUUAUGUUUAACAGAUUGGGUAACUUUACGAAGAGAAACAUUACAAGUGUUGUAUUUGUUUAAUAUUUAUUUGUAAUGUCAUUAACCCUGAGAUUCAUUCAAGUACAUUGUCAUUUUGAAGUGGUAUACGUUUGUUGUGGCUUUUAUACGUACACUCAGGAUAUGGUAAAUGGUUUUGACUAAACAUUUUGAAACCACUAAACUUUUCUUGAUUUCUGUGAAUUUGUAUGGUCUACGAGUAUGGUAUGUAACCUGGUUUGUUUCUUAUGGUGUUUUAAAAUUAUUAUUUAAUUACCGUUGUAUUAUUGUUACUAGAUAAACUAGUUCAAUGACACAUAACAUCUAACCUAAAAACAUUAUUUUGGUAUUAAAUACAUAACAACAAGGAUAACUUUAUGAUUAAAAAACAAGCAAAAAACAACACCUGUAUAUACCAUACAACUAGGAGGAACACAGUGGUAUUAAGUAGAACUGUUGAUUACACAAAAAUAAUAUUAAUGUGAAAACAGUUUAAUAACAAUAAGCAGAUAUAUUUUAAGUACUUCAGAGAAUUACUGAUUUUUCUGCACCUUGUCACCAUCUCACAAUCAGUCAACAAACACAAAGUAUUAGUACAAGCCUAUGGUAUAGUGUUGAAUUUGCACUUAUGAGAUUGGAAUUACAGGUAAAUGUUACUUUAAUUAAAUUUAAACAUCAUUAUAUAUUAUAAUAAUUUUAUUUAAUAGACUUCUGUUUAUUUAUUGAGAACUUUUUUUUCAGUAUGUAUUAUCAGAGUACCAAAGAAAAUAAAAUUGUAUCAUUUUAAUAAUUUAUCUAAUAAUUCAAGUUUAGCAUUUAUUGACUGUAUCUACAGAUAACCAGUUUCUUUA